AUGUCGUCCCUCGUCUCUGACUUCAUCAUCAACCCUGUCCUGCGCCAGGCCCGCCGAUUUUCUGAAAUCUCGCGUUCGACUUUUGGCGGCGAAGAUACCGCCGGUGCCGCUGCGCUUCCCGAGGCCAUAAGCGAUGCCUCGGAGCCGGAAGACGACGGCCAUAACCAUGCCGCCAUUCUGCCCUCCAGCCCUGUCGCUGAGCCCUCGAGUCCUGUCACCAGGCCGCUCUCUGAGGCGGUAGCGACGCCAUCGACGCCUCGCUCCUCGACGAGCACCCCACCACGUGAACACCUAAGCUUCGCCACGCCUCGCAAGCCUGGCGGCCCUAUCCCCGAAGACGAUGGCAUGAGCGCGCUGCGGGCACGAAUACACCACAUCAAUGCGCUCGACAUUGGACAGCUCGAAAAGGCAAAAUUAGUUCACGAGGUUCUACUCGAAGGCUACCGGGCGUCACGACCGCAGCUGGAUCCCGUCAGCCCCGGUCGAGAGCAAAUCAUAGGCGAGACAUCGCGCGAGUAUCGGGUGCCGGCGCCCAUUACUCUCGAAUCUUUGAAGUUCUGGCAGAACCAGGUCGGCGACACUGCCGCCGCUGAAAAAUUUCUGCUCACAGACACCGACCUGGCGCCUACCUACGCCCCCAUCCGCCUGCCCAAGAACGCAGACGGCUCGAGGGAAUCCAUAACGCCACCCGACCUACACCCACCUCUGGGGUGUGCUCAUUAUGAACGCAACGUCAAACUUCAGUGCUCGACCUGCAACAAAUGGUACACCUGCCGCUUCUGUCACGAUACAGAAGAAGACCACAAUCUCGUUCGCAACGAGACCAAGCACAUGCUGUGUAUGCUCUGUGGUACGCCACAAAAGGCGUCCGAGGCAUGCGUCAACUGCGGUGAAACUACGGCCCAGUACUACUGUAAUAUCUGCAAGCUCUGGGAAAACCGCAAAAGCAAACCCAUCUAUCACUGCGACGACUGUGGCAUCUGCCGCCGUGGCCACGGUCUGGGCAAGGACUUUUUCCACUGCAAGACAUGCCGUGCUUGCAUCACCACGUCCAUCGAGAGCUCCCAUAAAUGUAUUGAGCGCUCUACCGACUGCGACUGCCCCAUCUGUGGCGAGUACAUGUUUACCUCGCCGAAGCCGGUCGUCUUCAUGCCAUGCGGUCACAGUAUUCAUAAGAAGUGCUACGAUCAGCACAUGAAAGUGUCAUACAAAUGUCCCAUUUGCAACAAGAGUCUUGCCAACAUGGAAACGCAGUUCCGCAAUUUGGAUCUCUUGAUUCAGGCACAACCCAUGCCCGCCGAAUUUCGCGACACCAAGGCUGUGGUGCUAUGUAACGACUGCUCCGGAAGAUGCACGGUGCCUUAUCAUUGGCUCGGCCUAAAGUGCCUUAUCUGUCUUUCGUACAAUACCGUGGAACUGCAAAUUCUUGGCCGCAACAGUGAGGCUCUCCAAGCCGCGAAUGAGCGGCCAGAUGAUGCUCCAGUAACCGAAGCAGCAACCGCCGUGCAGCCAGUCAGCAUUCCCACAGAACGUCCCACAGGCAUCAUGAACCGGCGCAGGCACUCGUCCACCCUACAUGUUGAGGGGCAGCAUCUUGUGCCAGAAAGAACUGCCAGGUCUCUCUCGCCGCAAAACAUGAUGCCAGAACAUACCAUGCCGACGAUCCCAGCUGCAGAAGAGGACUCGGAUAAUGACAUUCUCGGUAUAUGGGGACGAUCUGGGGAAGAAUCUACUGGCGAAGAGGAAGAGGGAGACUAUAGCGACAGCGAUGACCUUCCAGAUAUGGACGACGACGACGAUGAAGAGGAAGAAGAGGACCCCAACGAAAUUGUUCUCAUCGGCCACCGAUGA